AUGCCCGACAAGUGCACGGUAGUCAUCACAGACACCUUGUCGCCCCAUGAGGUGGCCUUAUUGGUGCUUAUAGCUUUGUUUUGUGCAGAUACCGAACAAAUAAGCCAUCAUACGUUGUUGAAGCUCAUUCCAGCUCCUAAUGGACCCACGCAAGUUUUGGCACCAUUUGACUGCUGCGGUCCUGUUUUAGAUGUGGCAAAUGUGAUCCCACCAUUGCUGUUUGACCUUGUGAAGCUACUGGAAAAUGAGAAUUGUGCUCCAGCAGCUUUACGACUUGUUGCAUCGCUCGAGCGUAUCGCUACUGUGGGAGCCAUUGAUAAACUCUUGAAUGUUCUCGAAACCCAUUGUGUUGUUGACAACUAUCGGGCCGCUGCUGAAGCUCGCAAGGGUCGUGUUUUGAAUCGCCAGCUCACUAAGACCAGCCUUUUGGGUCAGUUUGUUUGCCAAUGCAUGUCCAAACAGCAACUGCAAGAUUUUGAAGACUCUGAAAGACUAUGGCGAAAUCUACGACGGUACAUACAACAAUUUCAAGACGAUUGUCCCCAGUGGACGGGUUUCCGCUACGAAUUACCUUCGCUGGAUCCGCUAAUGCGAUUCAUUCUAGAGUCGGACGCAGAUCUUGACGGAUUGCAAGAAUUACAAGAGGCAGGGUUGAACGACCGAUACGCUGACCUGACAAGUGACGACCGCAACAUACUGAUGAUGGUUUCCCACGAUCACUUGCAGGCUUUGUUUGCCCACGAGACGCACUCCAUGUUGUACAGUAACUCACCUUUACAAGACCGGACAAGAGCUUUGAUCGACAAUAUGUCUCUCGAAGACACAGCCCGAUUUCCAGUCGUGUACAUACUGAAAGGUUUGGAGGAUUUACGACAAAACCGUUACGAUGACUUUCUCGGCUUGCUAUACAGAUAUUUUGACUACAUGCUGGGCCAAAAUACGGAACCCAACUUCUACCUGUCGCUACUGUCGCUAGCUUCGUUCCAUGCACACUUCCACAACGGUGAAGCGGCCGUGAAAACGUUCGAAGAAGCUAUAGCGGUCGCUCGCGAAAACAAAGACACGCACACGCUCAAUUUGAUCCUGAUGUGGGUGUUCGAGUUUAUGUGCAAAUACCCAAACCUGGCCACUAAAUUUCACGUCUCAACAGCACAAAUUCUACAGUAUUUGAAAACUUGUCCGCCAGAUCAGAGUUCAUACGUUUUUGAAAUGGGAUAUCGAUAUGACACAUUGUGGACUGUGCAGAAUACAGGUUCCGUGAAACAGAUUCUGGAGUCAUCAUUCAAGUCUAGUCUAUUGGCAUUACAGCGCAAUAACGGCGUGCGACUGAUGGCCGAACACAGUGCUCAGGUAUGGGAGUAUUUGGGAUCCAAAGGGCUGCAGGAAGUGUACGAAAAUAUUGCACAAAGCGAGAACUCUCAAAAUAUUUCUCCUCCGCCUCCCCCAGACCACGUACAGCAGCUUCUAACCCAACUUGAAGGUCCAGACUUGGCAUACCAUGAAAAGCGUCGUCUCGAAAAACAAAUCAUACAAAAAUGGAUGUCUUCUGGGGAAUACGACCAAGCUAUGAAUUUUGUCAAUUCCAGGAUACUCGAAUGCCAAUCAGAAGUCCUUGAUGUCAAUAAUGAAAAUCACUUUCAAUUGGCCAAGUGUCGGAUCCUAGUGAACUGCGGCCUACAAGUGAGAGCGCUGCCGAUACUUUCCAGAGUGUUGGAACAAGCCGCGUCCACAGAAAAUGGAUUCCUUAUGAGCAACGCCAUAAUACUUCUUUCACAAGUUCUUCUUCUGGUGGGAAAGCGACAGGAGUGCUUUCACCUGUUACGCAGUGUCAUGCACAAAAUUUUUGCAUAUGCAGAACCCGAUCUGCAGUUCUCCGUUGCUAAACUGUAUUUAGCUUCUAAUCCGCCUCUAUAG